AUGUUAGUGGGCUUCCUUCGAUUAGCAUCGGUUUGGUUCGGUUUCUUCGACAUUUGGGCUCUUAGGCUGGCUGUCUUCUCCGAUACCGCCAUGACUGAAGUCCACGGUAGAACAUUUGGAGUUUGGACACUUUUGACUUGCACUCUUUGCUUUCUUUGUGCAUUCAACCUUGAUAACAAGCCACUUUAUUUGGCCACUUUUCUAUCGUUCAUCUAUGCCUUAGGGCAUUUCUUGACUGAAUACCUCAUAUAUCAGACGAUGGCCGUUGCAAAUUUGACUACUGUGGGCAUCUUUGCAGGUUUACCUUUGCAUAGCUUGCUUUCAAGUUGCAACUCUGUUUUGUUGUGUGUACCAUGGGAAACAAAUUUUUUUUCCCCACUGAAUCCUAAGUUCAUCUGUUCGUUUUUAAUCAGGUACAUCAAUAGUGUGGAUGCUAAUUCAGUGGAAUGCACAUCAAAAGAGCCAUCCGAAGCAUUCAUGAAACUGGAAUGUUAUUUUUGCUUGCGAUGCCCUGAUCUUUAUUGCCGGAUCUCAUGCUUAUGGCUCGCUGUGAUUCUUAAACGUACCGAUGAUUGGACUGCUGUUUUAAUGAUGAUGUUCUUAUUUUCAGCUCCUUUUGGAAGUUAA